AGAAUUUUGUAUCUUAGUAUUAUUGAACAGUGGUGGAGCUGCAUAAAGUGGCACUAGUGACAAAGGAACCAAUCAUGUUGCUUAAGAGCUAGCCAAUAUCCAACACCCCCCCCCCCCCCGCCUUCCACGCCCAAUGUUUCUCUAGAUCUCUUUCCUUUAAGGAUUUUGAAUUCCCAAACUUUUAUCACUAGUUCACAGAAAAACAAUGCUCCCUUAUCUGUUAUUCUUGCUUUUAGCACACGCUGGUUGGGUAACCACAGCAGAUCUAGGAAAUUGUUCUCUAGUUAAAAAUAUAUUCAUUUUAGCCGGGCAGAGCAACAUCUCUGGCCGAGGCGGAGUGAUUAAUCACUCACUCCGUUCCGGAGUAGUUAAUGAGUCGUGGGAUGGUGUUAUCCCACGUGAAUGUGAGUCAAACCCAAAAGUCCUCCGACUCAGCGGAGGGCUUAGAUGGAUUGAGGCUCAUGAACCUCUCCACAAGGACAUAGAUGUGAACAACACUUGUGGGAUUGGGCCAGGGAUGCCAUUUGCCAAUACAGUUUUGAAGAGAGAUCCAAGUAUUGGAGUAAUUGGGUUGGUUCCUUGUGCCGUUGGAGGAACGAGUAUUACUGAAUGGGCUCCAGGCGGAUUCCUUUACAAGGAGAUGAUAAAGAGGACAAAGGCGGCCACUCGAGACGGCGGAAAGAUCAGGGCGUUGUUGUGGUACCAAGGUGAGAGUGAUACAAAGACACUUGAAGAUGCCAAAAUGUAUAAGGUUAGAUUGGAGAGAUUCUUCAAGCAUAUGCGCCAUGAUCUGGAAUUGCCUAAUCUCACUGUGAUUCAGGUGGGAAUUGCAACAGCACUUGGACCAUACAUGGAAUUGGUCAGGGAAGCUCAGCGAGAGAUAAAUAUUGGGAAUGUGAAAUAUGUGGAUGCCAAAGGGCUGCAGAUUGGACCAGAUUACACGCACCUUACUACUGUUGCACAAGUUCAGCUUGGGCAGAUGCUUGCUGAUGCCUUCCUUCGCAAUUAGACCUGCUGCCUGCUGGGCUCACCUAAAUAUUGUUACUCUUUAUCUCACAUUUUCUCCCGCAUGUAACAAUAUUUAAAGGAGUAACCGACUCCAUUCACAUGGUCUACAAAUUUCACGCAGUCAGAGUCGAUGCUUACAAUAUUUAUCUCUUGUAUCGUUAGUUUAAAUACAAUAUUUAUUUUAAUUAUUACUUAAAUUUUAUUAUAUCGUAUCAUUUAAAUUCAUCGUUAGGUAACGACGAAAAGACCCAUUUUAUGUAACAAUUGAUUUGGUGUGUUCGCGUAGUUAUCUUAAUAUUUUCUUCUCAUGUCAUAUUUAUUUAUUAUUUAAUAAUUAUAUUUCAUCUUUUACUCUA